UGCUGAAUGGGAUACAGAGACUGCAUCGAAUGCAGAAUUAGAUACUGAUGUUCAGAAUAAUAUUGAAUUGGGUUCGUUGUCUUCAACAAAAAUACAACCAGUUGUCGAUAGAGAUAUUGUUAUAGAUAAGAUUCAUGUAGCCAAUUUCACGAGUGAUAUGCUAUCUACAUUGACAGUUACAGGAGCAGAAAAUGAAGAGAUGUCAGGGAAAACCUCCUCCGAUGACAAAAUAGAGGAUUCCUCGUAUCCACGACUAACAACCGGCUGUGCGUCUGCAGAAAUAGAAACUGAGAAAUCUUUACAAAAAGCAGAAUUAAAAGUCGAUGACAAAUACGGGCAAGAUACAUUAGAGGAUGAAACAAAUGAAAAACAAGAAGAGGAAAUGUCAGGUGAUAUAACUGCAGAACAGUUAUGUGAGCAAACAGAGGGAGCAUUGGUUGAUUGUGAUGUCAAUGAAAUAGGUCCGAGCGAAGUCACCAACAUAACUACUCCAAUAAAAAACAGACGGCACGUUAUGGAAGGCACCACUCCAAAACGGAGUGUCAGACUGCAAGAAAGACGAGAAAACACUCCAUCCAAGUGGGAGGAAGAGUAUGUGUUUACACCCCUUAGACGUGCUGACGAGAGUAAGAAAAUCGAAAGAGAUCAACGCAAUAUCAGGAGUACACAAUCGGAUGAAAAGGUCAGUGAUCAGAGCCAAACUGACGAAUUAUCGGAUAUUCAGAAAGACCGCAAUAUCUCCGAACAGCGAAGCGAAAAGUUCAAGCGCGUUUUAUUCCGAUGAUAUUGCUUCAGCUUCAAACAAAACAGAUGAGACAUACUUAGACUCGUCGUCAAAGAUCUCUGACAUUGAUAUUUCCUCUCAAACGAAAGGACACGCUAAUAUUCUUAACAGUUUGGAUGAAGCACCGAAAGAGAUCAAUCCUUCGAUUUCUUCUGAGGAACAUCCUCCAUUGAAGAUCAGGGUUAAGAAAUCCGCAGACGGAACAACAAGGAUAGUAGCCUCGCCAUCAUCAAAAUCGGCCGUUCUGAACAUGUGUUCCGGGAACCCUGAGCUAGUUUUAACACCGUGUGAUAAAAAACAGAAGAAGAAAAAUGUCCCUAUGAGGAGCCUUCUGAAACCGAACCUGGUGCUCAGGAAAUGUCCCUCCCCGCCAUCAACAUCCAAACGGAAGUCAAAGCUAUCGGAAUUAGCUCCAAUCGAACCAGACAAUAAAUAUUCUGACCGCAGUAAUAAAAAGAAAAAGGAAGAAAGACAUACAUGUGAUGCAAGAGAUACUAGCAGACGACAACAGAGCCAUACCAGUGAUACAGGAGAGAGAGUCCCAUUGGAAAGGGCUGGGAAACGGAAGCUUGACGAUACGGAAGAUCUCUUUAAAAAUGUCUUGGUUGGGAAGCACGCAUCUAUACUUUGGCUCAGUGAAAAUCGGCGCCAUUUUCUGUUGAAACAUGCCGAAAGUACUCCGUCGGAUAUAGAUGAUAUGCUUAGCGAAGCAUGGAAAAACCUUGAUGGAAAAGAAAAAAUGAAAUACUACCAAAGAGCUAGUGGAGCCAUGAGAGACGAAAACAAACACUCCAGUGUCAAGUCGAGAUCACGCCAACCUGGGAAGGACAACGCUUUGCUGAAAGAUGGCGGUAAAAUGUCUAAGAAAAUGUUGCGAUUUUUAUCAUUAUCGCCUAUGGAACAACACGAGGAACUCCGUAGGUGGCUUCGAUUUUUCGUGUACGAGGUUUCCCCUGCAGAAUACGCUAAAUUAAUGGCAGACUUCAAAGAAACGAUGAAAGACAUCAAGGGCAAUCCACAGAAAACGCGUAAGGCUUCUGAUUUGGAAAUGCAAGCAUUAUAUAGAAAAAUUCUAUUUCAGAAAAUCUUGGAUCUCCAGGACAAGAUUGUUGACAUUUAUCAUCAAAAACGAGAAAGACAGGACGAAAUUGUCAAAGAGGGAUUCGAUAUCCUCACAAAACGGCUAAUUAUUGGUGACAAUAUAUCUUUCUCAAACACAGUUCGAUCAGAAGAUCUCCAACAGGUGUUACAAGAUCUCAAACUUCUUGAAAACGAGAGAAGAGUAGCGGUAUCCGGGACACCUCUAAAAUCUAAAAGCUACGAGAAUGUCUUGGAACAAUUGCAGGAAUGUGAGCAAAUUGCGGAGGCUGAAGCGCCAUCGGUUGAGUCGUCAUCGAAUGGUAAACCAUCGCCAACAUCUGAGCUUCCGGAAGCGGAUUCCCGAUUCGCAUGUGAACUUCUAUCUAAUACCAAACAUCAAAAGCUGCCACAAUUUGAAGUGUUUAAUCUAGAACGAGAUUUGGAGACAGAUCUUGGUGGAUGUUUAUCAAAGGAAGAAACAGACGAAAAUACCACCAAAGAAAUCUUCGAGAAAUUGUCGCAAUUCUUCAAUCAGGAAGCACUUCUUAAUCAUGAUACUAACAUCUGGGCGCCUGGCUUAUCUCCAGGGAGGCACAUAUCAGGGACAAGUUCGGUCCUAACAGACUGUCUGCUGGCUGAUCAGUUUAAAAUGCUAGCACAAAAUCCGUCAGUUUUUGGUUCUGGUGUCAAAAUGCUGAUUGAUCCGAGCCAAUUAAAACCUUUCAUCCAGGAGAGAAACAUACACGGGUUCCGGUCUGCUCCGAGAGUAGUCCAAUACCCGUCAACACUUCUCAGGUACGCGCCAUCUACCGGGGAUAAAAAUCAGAACGGAUAUACAAAAAGACGAACACCUACUUCAAAAUAUGACAAAUACAAAACGCACUCGUUGUCCGGGCAUUCGCCUGUUACUGUCCACUACACCGGACGUUCGAGAUACCCAAUUAGCCAUUCUUUACCCAGAAUGCAUCAAUUUUCCCAGCUCCCUCGCCAACCUUCCCAACAAACAAGAUGGAAGCCGCCAUCGGAACAGUCGUCAGUGGGGCAGAGACCGAGAAUUUCAGCAAAGGAAUAUGACAGUCGAUAUACCAGUAUAAUACAUAGGAGGAUACAAAAUGUUGCGGGUGGAACAGUUGUUCAAUAUACAGCUUCAUCCCUUGGGAGGCGGCCAUCUUCCUGAACAGCUGUUCAAUACACAGCUUCAUCCCUUGGGAGGCGGCCAUCUUCCUGAACAGUUGUUCAAUACACAGCUUCAUUCCUUGGGAGGCGGCCAUCUUCCUGAACAGUUGUUCAAUGCACAGCUUCAUCCCUUGGGAGGCGGCCAUCUUCCUGAACAAUUGUUAAAUACACAGCUUCAUCCCUUGGGGUGCGGCCAUCUUCUUGAACAGUUGUUCAAUGCACAGCUUCAUCCCUUGGGAAGUGGCCAUCUUCCUGAACAUUUGUUCAAUACACAGCUUCAUCCCUUGGGAGGCGGCCAUCUUCCAAAACAGUUGUUCAAUACACAGCUUAAUCCCUCUGGAGGCGGCAAUAUUCAUGAACAGCUGUCCGGUGCAUGCACAUCGUCCUCCAUUUGUAUGCGGAUAUCUUGCUAAUCAGUUGUCCGUUUUAUAGCUUUAUCUUCUUGAGUAGGAAUCCAUCCAUCAUCAUCAACAGUUGACAUAUCUCUACACGAACCAUUGUAUAUUGGUGUCCCGGCAUGCAAACAUCAGGAUAAGCUACAGUAGCUGAUUCCGAUGUAAAUAUUUUCUCGGGUUUACAAUUAGCAGCAUCUGAAAUAUUAGGUAACCUCUAAAAAGGUCGCCAUUGUAUUGGAGUUGUUAAAUGUUCCGACAUAUAUGUGUUAUAGACUCUUCUCUCUGAAAUAUUGAUUUAUUUCCUCGUCAUUUAAGUUAGACGUUAUGCUUUAUUUAGAAUUGUUGUUUUUGAAUGUUUUAAAAUUGCUGAAUUCAUAGAUUUAUUCUGAAAAGAUGUCAUUAGCUCUAUUUGCGCGUUAUCAAUUGUCGCGUACCUUAAAACUUAAAACCCUUGAUUUUCUUGUACACUUCAAACGUGUCAUCGAACCUUUAAACACUUCCAAACGUGUCCUCGAAUGAUGCAUCUAAUCCAAGUUCCCAUUCACGGUAAAUAGAUUACAUCACGUUAUAAUUCAGAGCUCUUCUGGAUAGGAGGUGCAUGUCACAGUAAAAGUACCACGUAUCCUUAAAAUUUUAUUAACCUGUUGCCCUACCUUGUAUUACAUUUAUUUUUAUUAUUAGUUAUAGUUUUUAGGUAGUAAUGCAAUUUUCAUAAAUUAUCUUACUCUGGAGAUAUCUUAUUUCAAGCAUUUAGAUUGCAUGUACAUGUAUGCAUUAUAAAAAUUGCAAGAAUUUGUUAUAUCGAGGUUUUACAAUGCAUAUAUAUAUGUAUCAUAGAUAUGUACUGAUGUACAACUUAUAGAUUAUACGUAUAUAUCGAAUGCGCACAAACAAAAUAGUUGUAUGAUACAUGAAACACUUUGUCAACCAUUAAUUAAAAAAAUAUCCUU